AUGGGUAAAAAAAGCGGAAAGAAGAACAAGAAGGGCAGCAAGCCCGUCGCGGCCGUAGAGAGCGCCAAGGACGUGGUUGAACCCGAGCAAACCGAAGGCCAGACUGCGACCGAACAGACUGCGCCCGAGACUGCGACACAGCCUACCGAGACCGUCGCGGAGCCUAGCAAGGCGCCCGAGGCCACCCCCGUGACCGAGGCCGCAACGGAGAUCCCAGCUGUCGCAGAGACCAAGGAUCUGGAGACCAAGGAGGCUGUGAAGGCCGAGCAGGCUCCCGCGACAGAGGGUACGGUGGAGGAGACCGUGGAGAAAGUGCAGGCCUCCAAGGCCGGGCAGUUGGGCGAGCUGGACGAUGGCGCUACCGCAGGCACUGUCCUUCCGGAGACGAUCACUAGGGAGCCCGCUUCCUUGGACGUCCUGACCGGCGCUCCUGCGACACUGGUCGAGCGCCCCAAGACCUCAGACUCAAACGCCCCCGCUGUCGCUGCGCCCGUGCCUAUUGCCGCCCCGGCCGAGACCGACGCCGCCCACACGAAGCGCCCGUACGAGAAGCCCAUCUUCACCAACGAGGAUAACUUGAAGCCCCACAAGAUGCCCAAGACCGACGAGGAGGCGAUUCAGGCUAGCGUGGCGGAGGACAAGAAGACCAUUGAGACCUUGGCCGGUGUUGGACCGGCUACGGCUGCUGCGUUGACCACCCCUGAGCCUGAGCCUGUUCAGGCUGAGGCACCCAAGGCUGUUGUGGAACAGAAGGAGACUCCUGUGGUUGUUGAGGCACCCAAAGUCGAGGAGAAGAAGGUGGAGGCACCCAAGGUCGAGGAGAAGAAGGCGGAGGCACCUAAGAAGGUUGAGGAGAAGAAGGUUGAGGAGAAGAAGGCUGAGGAGAAGAAGGCUGAGGAGAAGAUCCCCGUGUCCACUCACAAGACCACCCCUGCUCAGGCCGGCGCCCCCUCCUCUCCCGUAGCGGUCGCCGCCGCGAACGCUGCCAUUCUCGCUUCCAAGGGCGACAAGGCUGCUGCUCCGGCCGCCACUCCAGUUGUUUCCAAGGAGGCCGAGCCCAAGAAGCCCGAAGCUGCCCUGAAGCGUGGCGACGAGGCACAGCCUGAGGAGGCGUUGCCCAAGGCCGAGGAGCCUAAGCCCGAGACCAAGACCGAAGCUGUCAAGGAGGAGGCUGCCAAGGCCCAGCAAGAUACUCACAAGACCUCCGAGUCAGGAUCGCAGGCCGAGAAGAAGAAGGGCGGGUUCAUGUCCUGGCUGAAGCGCAAGUUCAAAUAA